UUAACGUUUUCGGUUCUAGCGGCGCGCGUUCAUCCAUAAACAGAAUCGUAUUCAAAAAGGACGUUUAAUUUAAAUCGAAAAACUAAAUUAAAACACUAGAAAAUUUAUAUGAAUUUAAUAAAUAAAUAUCCUAUAGGAAUGGUUCAAUAUAUGUUUUUAUUAAUUGGUAUAAUGUGUCUUAAUGGCAAAGUAACAGAAGCUGAAAUUGAGGAAAAUACCAUCAAUGGUGACGGAUCUUUUUCGUUCCGGCAUUCUAAUGACGAUAUUGGCAGUUUUUACCACAGUGCCUCGUCAAGUCCAGACAAUAUAGUACAAGGACGUUAUGGGUCUCGAAAUCCUUCCACAGGACAAUUGGAGGAAGUUGUCUACACUGCGGGACCACGGGGCUUUCGGGUCAAUGGUCCAAAAAUUCAUCGUAAGAUGAACUUAGCGCAAUAUCCUGUUCGAAAGGUAGGAACUGUGGAUGAUCCAUUGGCUGAUCCUUACGAUGACCCUUCGUAUAGUUUUAACUUCCGAUCAGGGCAACAAUCGCGUACAGAGACCAGUGAUUCCUCAGGUAGAACAAGAGGUCUCUAUUCAUACUUAGAUGAUGUCGGUGAACGUCAUAAUGUAAGGUAUGCAGCGGGUGCAGGAACUGGGUAUGAAGUCUUGAAUUCUGUACCUGAUAAUCCAGUAAGUGUGGCAUACGCUGCUCCUCUCUACAAGGCCCAUCCCAAGGCGCGCGGAAAAAUGACAACACAACGUGGGCCAAAUGGUACUUAUAAAUUAAUCGCUGCUGGACCUGAUCAUCGCCGUGCAGAAAGCCGAAGUCCAGAUGGGUUUGUGAAAGGAACUUACUCAUAUCUUGAUGAUGCCGGUAUUCAACGCACCGUUGAAUAUAUUGCUGGACCUGGUAUUGGAUACAGGAUUAUAAAAAAUCAUAUGGGUCCGGGAUCACAUAUAAACCCAUCAAUAACUGAGUUUAGAUUAACAGACACUGACUUUAAGCUUUCAAAUGAUUUUGGUGUAGGAGAAGGAGGAGGUAGUAGUAUAGACGGUUUCGGUGCUGAAAUUGUAUCAAAAAAAGUUCCAAACAACAUGAAUGGUGAUAGAAGAGUUGAAGACACACCGAAAUAUAAUGCAAAUGAAUCAAAAAUUAAUAAUAAAGAUAAUGUUGAUUCUGUGCUUAAAGUUGGUAUACGAAAUCAGAUGAAAAGUGAUCGUAUGGGCGCAGCUAGCAACAGCCGCGGAACUACCCGAUAUGGAAUGAUUGAUGGCGAAAGGAUGGGAGGAGGUUAUGAUUAUAAUUUGUCUCGCAAACAAAACGUCAGUCGGAAUAAUAAUCCUAACAAUAGUUCAAAAAAUCGUGUAAGCUUUCACGAUUCUGAACCAAACCUUACCUUAUGGGGUAGCACCAGAAAUAACAAUCGUGAUAAUGCAGGUGUUAAUAUCGUAAAAGAUUACAAAUACGUUUUUCCACCUUCUUCAUCAGACUUAUUAGGCUUUAAUGAUGAUGAUCUGGUCUCAUUACCACCUCUAAUAACUAAUAGCCACAAAAUCUUGCAGUUGGAACGAGAAAAAGACUGGACUCAACGACAUCGAGACUCCACUGUAAUCCAAAAUGUUGGAAAGUGGUAUAUUGGCCUUCCGCCAGGGCAUAGUGUGCGAGCCCACGUUCAGAACAUAGAUUUGUUGCCACUUGGUGGAAGAAGAGUACCAUCACCAUCCGAAGCAUUACGACAAGAUGAAAUUGCUGAUAUUAUGACCUCGAUGGAGAGUGGAGCUUCAUACGGCAGUUAAACCCAGAAAACAGAUCCAAUAGCAGAGGGCAAAUUUUGAAAUACCUGAGCGCACUCAUGAAAGUCGAAAAUUUAAUUAACGUCUCGUUGUAAACUGUUUUUAAUAUAAGAAAUAAUAUUAAUUUUUAAGCCCAAUCGUGUCAACUAAACACUCACUCACAGUACUGUUCUGAAUCCAGAUAAAUUAUGGCCGGAAAACUCUGGAUAAUCUUUACUUAUUUUCAUUUAAGAUUUGAAAUGGCGGAGAUAUGUUAUUAGGUGAUCCAAAACAAAUUUUUUUAAAUUAUUUAUUGGCAUAUGUAUAUAUUAAUAUGUCCACAAAACAUUUAGAAGGCAAAUGUAUAACUAACCUUUUAUUUUUUG